UACAGCCUUUCACCCCGAGACAGAUGGUCAGUCGGAGCGUACGAUCCAGUACUUGGAGGAUAUCUUGAGGGCUGUGGUCUUGGACCGGAGCUUGACCUGGGAGUAUGCUCUUCCGCUAGUCGAGCUGACCUACAACAACAGCUACCACUCUUCGAUCAAGAUGGCCCCGUACGAGGCUUUGUACGGACGUAAGGUCCGGACUCCUUUGUAUUGGGAUGAGGUUGGAGAGAGGAGGAUUACGGGCCCAGAUUUUGUCCAAAGUACUACUGCGACAGUUGAGGAGAUUCGGAGGACUAUCAGGUCGGCCCAAGAGAGGCAGAAGGUCUAUGCCGAUCGGAAGAGGCAGGAGCAUGUUUAUGCAGUGGGAGAUCAUGUCUUCUUGAAGGUUUCACCCAUGCAAGGUGUGAUUCGCUUCGGGAAGAAGGGGAAACUUAGACCUUGCUGUAUCGGGCCGUUUGAGAUCCUCGAUCGAGUCGGGAACUUAGCUUAUCGGUUGGCUUUACCACCAGACUUGUCGGGAGUGCACGACGUGUUCCAUGUCUCGAUGCUUCGGAAAUAUGUGCAUAACCCCGAUCAUGUGGUGGACUUCGGCGAGCUGCAGGUCGAGCGAGACCUUACCUACGAGGAGUUACCGGCAGCCAUCUUGGACCGGAAGGUCCACCAGCUGAGGAACCGGGCAGUGAGCUUAGUGAAGGUGCAGUGGAGCCGACACGAUGAGACUGAGUCCACUUGGGAGAGGGAGGACGAUAUUAGGAGGCUCGAGCAACUCGCGAGCCGCUCGCGAGCGCUCGAGUCAAAGCUCGACUCGAGUUCGAGUCUGACCGAUCUCGAGUCGAGCUCGAGCGGCUCGAGCACGAACUUGAGUCGAGCUCGAGCCCAUAUAUUGCAUUGUCGAGCGGCUCGCGAGCGGAUCGAGAUAUGUGAAAUUACUAAAAUAUCCUUGUAUAUAUAUGUAAUUAAUGGUUAUUUUACAAAAUUUCUUGAAAGCCGAACUCGAGCCGAACUCGAGCAUUAUGAAUUCGAGUCGAGCCUAUAUAUUGUAUUGUUCAUAUCAGAAGAGGCUUCUAUAAAAGGAUGGGAUCAUUGUCGAUCAAUUAUAAUUGUCGAUGGUACAUUUCUGAAAGCCACGUACGGAGGUACACUAAUAACUGCAAGCACACAAGAUGCAGCAUGUCACAUUCUCCCCCUUGCAUAUGGAGUAGUUGAUUCUGAGAAUAACAAUGCAUAUGAAUGGUUCUUUUCAUUAUUAAAGAAAACACUGUCGGAACGAAAAGAGUUGUGCAUUGUAUCUGAUAGACACAAAAGCAUCCGGAACGCAGCUGCAAAGGUAUUUCCAGAGGCUACUCAUUGCUGUUGUGCAUAUCACUUGUCUCGGAACAUAAUAUCAAACUACAAAGUGAACCUCGAAGCAGUAAAAGGAGCAUUUUUUGGAGCAGCAUAUGCAUACACAUUGGAUGAUUUCAAUCAUCACAUGGAAAUUAUGUAUAAAGCAAACAAAGGAGCAGUGACAUAUUUGACAAAAAUUGGAUUUGAAAAAUGGUCUCGAAUCCAUUGCAAGUCAAAUAGAUUUCUAGUGAUGACAUCUAAUGUUGCCGAGUCAAUAAAUUCCGCUUUGAAGGCUGCACGAGAUCUUCCAAUAACAGUUUUCUUGGAUAGCGUACGUGGAAUGCAACAAAAAUGGAAUUUGAGGAAUCGCAAAGAAGCUGAAUGCACUUUUACGAAGCUUGCAAAGUUGGCCAAAAAAUGCUGGAAGAAAAUUAUCAAGA